AUGGCGUCGGAACCAACAGAAGAAGACGUCUUGCGGUUCUGCGAGUUCGCAUGUCUCGAUGUUGCAGAAUCUCGUAACAUGGUCAAGGCCGCCCUGAAGACUACCAACGACAUGCAGCAGCUGAUCAUGGAAUUCUAUGACAGCCCGGAAAAGUUUCGGCAAAAGUACACAUGGGACGAAUCAGCAUUCGUUGGCGACCGUAAUGGCGAUAUCAAAAACCCGAGAAUUUCCUUCGAAAUAGAGCCUCCCAAUGACGUCGUAAUGCACGGCGCCACCCCUCCCCCCGAACGUCAAUACUGGCAGGGAUCGACUGCUCCGUCGCGACCCCCCUCACGAACCAACAAUAACAGAUCACCACUUGACGCCGUUGCUGAGUGGAUGGCCGGAGAUGCGACCGGUCCGAGAAACGCCGCAGAGGAGUAUGAUGAACUCAGGCGAGCCCUUGCCGAGUCGGCCCGCGAGUCGGGGGUAGCCCCCCAGGAGUCUGGCAUUACGGGGGGGGACCUGCACGAACCGUAUUUUGGCCCCGCGAAUCGUGAGGAGUAUGAUCCGAACAGCUGGGCCAUGGUACCGACCGGGCUCAGUAAUACUGCUAGGCCUGUUUCUGACCCGCCUCCCUCCGCACGUCGGAGAGCACCCGGUGCGCCCGUCUUUCUCGUCCAGCAGCCCAAUGCCCGCCACGCGGGACACAGGGUUGGGGCUAUCCUGACCAUCUUGCACGAGAUACCCCUUGCGCGGAAUACUCUUCUCCAGACAGGUAGUCCGGCUGCAAGCUACGGUCACAACGGCGACUGGUGGAAAGGCCAGCCCAUCUAUCCUCCCCAUCUCCUAUCCGCCAUGCAACAGGGCCAGAUUCAAGAUACCGAAGCAGUGCGGCCUGAUUUUAACGAGGAGAUUCAUCGUCUCAUGGCCUUCCUUGACCUGAGCGACAGAAGCUAUGGGUCUGCCGAGGUCCUGGCUGACUUGCUGACUGCCACAAAUUGUGCGAAGGAGAGACAAUUCUUCGACGCUCUGAGCCAUGGCAACGAGGUGGAAGUGCUCAAACCACUGCUUCACGAGGCGCUUUCUGUAUACACGAGCUCGUUCGAGAUGGUGGACGCGGUCGAACGGUUCUGUUUUCUGGACUUUGAGCUGAGCAGCAACCAAUGGUCGCAGAUUGAGACUUUCCACGACGUCUGGGAUUGUCUGGCAUGGGAGGAGGCCAUGACCUGGCAGGAGCUCAAGGAGGACACGAAGAUGACAGUAUUCAGGGAAAUGGGCGAUGUCGUAAGCGUCCUCCUCGACGGAACUUGUCCCGAAUCGAUGGAAAUCCCCGACGUGUGGUACCCGGAACGCUAUCUCGAAAGCAGGAAGGAGGACGCACGCUCCAUUCAGGAGCAGUUAGCCUGGACUUUGGGGAAGCUGUAUGAGGCGACCGCGAAGGAACACGAGCUGAAGAGAUGGGAGGAUCCCAAGACGCAUAAAGCAUAUGACAAGCGAGACAUGCUUGUCAAGGCAAUCGACAAGUACGAAGGCUACAGCAAGUAUCUGGAUGGUCUAGCCGAUUUCCAGGACGCCGAGCCUCCCGAGCCCAUCGAAGGCAUAGACAUCGACAUUGACAGCCUUCCCCCCUUGGCGACGGAGGUUGAGCAGGGGCUUCGGGAGAAAACAACAAAGUUGCUUGCCCGAUGCAGACAACAGCUCGCCGAACUCGAUACGAAACUAAAGAAGUUGAACUGGGAAAGGGACCAGCUUCGGGCUUAUCGACGCCAUCUUGGAACGCUCCUGACAGACCCCGAUGAGGUUGGGGCUACAUCCCCGUUUACCGGCAAGAAGUACUUCCUUCGGGGCGUGGCCACGGCACAGGAUGUCGUGUAUGUCUGCCAGCGAGCAGAGCCUCAACUUAUCGAGUUGGACGAAGAGCCUCCACCAGCAGACCAGUGGUGGCGACUUGCGUUUGUCCCGGGCGACGAAGAUCCGGUAAAGGCAGAGAAAGUGACAAUAGAACUCGUGAAUCGGCAAAUUCUGCGGGAAUCAAGGAGCCCGCUAUUGGUAUACGCGACCGAGGACGCCUUAAAUACCCCCCAACUGCCCCUGUCCGAAGCACUUCAGCGAUUUGUCCGCGUAGAAAAUAAGACUUUCAACCUGGAACUAUCCCGCCAACCCGAAGAAGAGGAUCCGUCGAGGGCGGCCGCAACCCGCGUGAAAGUCCUGUCCCCUUCGAAGCGCAAAUAUCGGUCUGACAGCAUCGAUUCCAUGGCGACCAACCGAGCCUCCGUGGGCAACAGCGAUACAGACUCGAGGGCUGGGGAUUUUGCCACGGGGGUAAUUAAAAGUAUCGAACUUGAGAGGGGGACCGAAAUGGACGGCAUUUCGACUGGGAAGAACAUCUCCGAGUGGCAGACUCUAACGGAAGCGCCAUAUUAUCCCCAUGGGGUUUCCAAGGCCAUGGAUUCCGAGAGUGCAACAGCUUCUAGUGACGAAGGGACUGCAGGCCGACAGCAGCAUACAGAAGUGUUUGCGUACCGAAAUGCAGCAGUGGGUGUCGAGACGUCCCAAGGGGCGGAAGAAAAUAGGACGGCGAAUCCUGAAGAAGCGCAACUGAAAGAACCCGAGAUGCAAGAACGAGAAGGCAACAACUCUCUUUUUAGCUCAAGUCACUUCCCGAGGAAUGCAGAUUCGGCAAUGGGGGAGUCAGGCGACAGAGCGAUGAGCAAUUAG